UUUGCCACCGAGCCACCGUACAAAACCCCUUCCCCUCUCCGUCACCUCCCCGGAGCCGCCGCCGCCGCCGGCGCGGGUUUGAUCCCUCGGUGACAGCGGCGUCUAUGCGCUACAGCCGGCGCGCAGCGCAGCGCUGACGACUUCCCUCGGCGGUUUGGGCAGGUCAGACUUUGGCAUCUGCGUUUGGACUUAAUGGACUUUUUGGAUGGCUGUGAUUGAAUAGAUUAUGAAGGAGAUGCUCUCAAAUAGACUUGCUCCCUUCAUUUCCAAGUGUUGUAUUUCUAGCCUUCGGACAUCCUCACCAUCUUCAUCCUUCUCCUCACUGUCCCCAAUACAACCAUGGUUAUUUAUCGGUCUUGGCAACCCUGGAGAGAAGUACCAAUCCACCAGGCACAAUGUGGGAUUUGAUAUGAUAGAUGCAUUUGCACAGUCUCAGGGUAUACCGUUGGCUACACAUUACUUCAAAGCACUAUUUGGUGAAGGUAUGGUUGAUGGGGUACCUGUUCUUCUUGCCAAGCCUCAGACUUAUAUGAAUCUCAGUGGAGAAUCUGUUGGUCCACUUGCUGCCUAUUACAAACUGCCACUUAAUCGUGUCUUGGUGGCAUUUGAUGACAUGGACUUACCAUGUGGAGUUCUCCGUUUACAGCCAAAAGGAGGUUUUGGACGGCACAAUGGGUUGUUUACCAGGUUGAGGAGUGUGAUAUACCACUUUCGCCAGAAUCGAGAAUUUUGCCGAUUAAGAAUGGGAAUUGGACGGCCACCUGGCCAGAUGGAUCCUAAAGCUUUUGUUCUUCAGAAGUUUAAUAGGACUAGUCGUGAACGGAUUGAUUCAGCUAUAAAAGAGGGAGUCAAUAUUUUGAAGAUGGUGGCCACCAACGGUUUAGCAGAGGUAGCAAGAUUGUCAAAUGCAGAUCAGAAGUAUAAGCAUCUGAGAUCACAUGAUCUUCAAGACUAAAAAUGACUAGACUCUGCUUAUCUAGUGAACUGGUAUUUCAGCACACUUGGUGCCCCUCGUGCUCUUCCAGUACCUCGGUUGGUGGCUGGUCUGAGAAUCUAGUACACCCAAGUAUUCUCCUCGAUACCCUCUGCAGGAUACAUCUCUUUGGUGCUGGAUAUGGAGUUUUUGAUGUUUCUCUAUGGUCAAUUUCAGUUGACUCGUCAGUUAUUGACGUUGAACUGGAAGUUGAUGAUUCAAGUUCAAAGCUUCUGAUUUAGAGAGAAGGAAGCAUGUUUUGAGGAGUCAGCACUUAGCCAUACAAUGCCUUGAACUAUUUUUUUCAUGUUGGGGAAAUCAUAAUAUUACCAGAAUAACAUUUGGUGUGCACUUAAUAAAUCUUUAAGAAAUUGAUUUCGUGCGUUGUAUGAUGUAAUGGAAAUAACAUGAAUGUGCAUGAUGCUUAUGGUAUUCAUUGUCAUUUUCCCUU